CCGUUAUACCUUAACAGAGCUGGAAAAUCCUUGGUGAAGUAGUCUCGUCGAAGCAACAGGAAGAACAUCGCACAGUUUCGUCAUCUUGAUGAAAAACGACUCAUCGUUUGAAAGUAUCAUGUUCUUUGUGACCUUCUUACUAUUCGUGGGGGUAUUGCACGCGAAACCUAUUGAGUAUGAAGACAUUGCUAAUCUGUUACCAACGGAACCUCAGACUACGAACGAUACAUUGGCCGCUAUUGUGCGGGAUCCGGUGGUGAAAGAUGCUGUGCAAAAUACGGUCGGCAAUGGAUCCUUAGCAGGCUUGGUAGUAAAGAAGAAAGUGUUUGUUGUGCCCGCUACUGAACCUACUAAGGUGGUGUCACAACGCGAACAGAUUCUCGUCGUUCCUAUGACGCAUUUAGAGGAUGUACGGAAAAAUAUAACGGAGGCUGUAAACGCGCCAACUGAGGCAGAUGGUUUGGCACUUACAGAUGCUCAAUCUUUCACCGAAAACAAUGAAAAUGGAUACACAAACUCGGAAGGCAAAGAUAUUUCGUCCUAUGCAUUGCAGAAUGAUAAUUUCUACGAAGCAACCGAGAUAUCUAAAACUACGCACGAGCCGCUCUUUAUCGAUAACAUACCACAAGAAAUUCCAUAUCUCGUGGCAAACCCGAGACAGGAAAUAGUGCCACCGGAAGAUCCAUCCGCAAUAUCGGUACCAAUCAUCGCGUUCCUUGAUCCCGCAAAAAUUUCUAAUGAAAAAAUUGACGUGCCAAUUGCGGGAGUAUUAUCAAGACAAGAUGGAAUGUUGAAGAGUCAACUGGAGAACGGACGUGAUGAAAUUCAACGGAAUGUUCAAAAUUACGUCGAUGAAAGCUCGUGGAGCGUAGAUCUUAAUAACUGGCAACUCAAUUCGUCUUCUUCGAAGAUGGAAGUAUCAUCUUCACCCUACGAGCCGACAAAACAGACCAAGUACGCGAACGAUAUUAAUCCUGAAAAUUCAUUGCCAGUUACAAUGUCUCGUGUUGAUAUUGUAACACCACUCUUUUGGACUUCGGAUGCGGAUAUUAACUAUCCCAAAGAUCCACGCGACAUGGAAGUCGCCGCGGAUAUUGUCUUCAGACCGCUUUUCAGAUAUCGACAAGAGGUACAAAGGAGAUCUUAUAGAAGGCCGGCUUACAGAAGAUACAAUCGUUACGAUUCUUAUCCGAGACGUGAUCGAUAUAGACCACGAUAUUCCGACGAUUAUUAUUAGUUUAUUAUUAUUACUGUAUAAUGGUAGUCAGUGUUCUCAUUAUUAAAUGAUUGAUAAUGUAAGUAAAUAAUAAUCUUGCAUAAUAUUGAUAACAGUGUACAGUUACAAACUAUUAAAUUUACUGUUUACUGCAAUUUUUAUAUUUUUAACUCGAUUUUCUUAGAUCUGUAAAAUUUGAAUGAUAAAAUGCGCUAGACUAAUGUCUGACAAUGAGUUAAUAAAUAAAUUAUAUAAUAUUAAUAAUAUACCGACAUAAUUAUAUAAUUAAGCAAUUAU